GAGACAACAUACUCUGCCAUAAGCCGAUAUAGCUACCCUCUACUAUACCUGUACCUAGGUUUGGUCAGCUUGUUAUUGAGACUAUAAUAUUCUCUUUCAUGUACCUUCGACAUCUGCUAGAUUUCUUGGCACAUCAUCCUUGCGCCCAAGUUGGCUGAAAUACUACAGAUCAUGUCUUGGCAAGAUCUAUUCCAGAACAUUUCCCCAGAUUCUUAUGUCCAACACUUUCAUCCCAUAUCUCACCACUACUACUAAUCGGACAAUACACCAAUUAUAGCCAAUUAUUCCAUUUAAACAAGGCGGGGAUGUGUCUCGAUUAACAUGCAUAUCUCACCUCCGUGCCUAUUAUAGCUAGUUUAAUAGCGUCAAGACGGAAAAUUACAUAACCACUCGGAGGAAGGCGGAAAUUCUCAAUUGAGCCAUCUUCAAGUUAAGCUAUAACUUUCCGGUGGGAUUAUGUUAGCACAUGGGCAACUUGUUGGCUUAGCUGUCGCAAUGUUGAUUAGCCGAAACCUCUAUUUAACACAAUCCAGUUUGAAUUAAUGGCUCUAGACUACUCCAUCUUAUGAUAUCAAAAUGGCUUUCAUUUGGGUUGAAUCCCACCGGAAGUUGCCGCUUUAUAGGUCUUCGACCAUAUAUUCGCCCAAUUACCACCGCUGGGGGCAGCUCUCGAUUUCACAUGAACUAGGCCACAUUGUGUCAAAAUUCGAGAAUAAGCAUAUGUUCGACUGUGUUUUGUCAAGAUGCUCGUUUCAGUUCUCCUGACUCUUUCGUCGCUGACUGUGGUGCAAGCCGCUCUCAAGUACAAGGGCGUCGAUUGGUCAUCCGUCAUAGUCGAGGAAAAGGCAGGAAUAUCUUAUACCACGACAAGCGGAACUGCUGAACCUCUCGAAAAGAUAUUGGCGGAAAGCGGUGUCAACACCGUCAGACAGCGGGUUUGGGUUAAUCCACGAGAUGGCAAUUACAAUGUGGACUACAACUUGAAGCUAGCACAGCGAGCAAAGGCCGCCGGUUUAGACGUCUACGUGGAUUUCCAUUAUAGCGAUACAUGGGCAGACCCUGGACACCAAGCGAUCCCCUCAGGCUGGCCCACAAAUAUCGACGAUCUUGCUUGGAAAUUGUACAACUACACACUGGACGUAUCAAACCAAUUCGCGGCAGCAGGUAUCUCACCUACGAUCAUAUCUAUCGGAAACGAGAUCAGAUCGGGCCUCUUGCUCCCUACAGGGUCCACUAAGAACUUCAAUAAUGUUGCUCAGCUUCUACACUCAGCUUCAUGGGGUGUCAAAGAUAGCAAACUAUCUCCCCAGCCUAAGAUCAUGAUCCACCUCGACAAUGGCUGGGAUUGGAACACCCAGAAGAAUUGGUAUAACUCGGUUUUGAAUGCUGGACCUCUAAACUCAUCAGAAUUUGACAUGAUGGGUGUCUCCUAUUAUCCAUUCUAUAACUCGGGCGCUACACUCGCGAACCUAAAGACGAGCCUUACCAAUAUGGCAAGCACCUGGGGUAAGGAGAUCGUUGUGGCCGAAAUCAACUGGCCUACUUCCUGCAAGUCACCCUCCUACUCAUUCCCGAGCGACGUGAAGAGCAUCCCAUUCUCGGCGGAAGGUCAAACGACCUUCAUGCAAAAAGUUGCCGAGGUGGUGGCCGGAGUAAAGAAUGGGAACGGUAUCUUCUACUGGGAGCCCGCUUGGAUGGAUAACCAGGGGCUCGGAUCUUCAUGCGAAUCUAACACCAUGUUCUCGUACCCUGGGAAAGAACUAUCCAGCUUGGACGUAUUUAAGACGAUAUAGAUGCCGCCUAUCUACCAAUAGGGUGGGACAGGAGACGAGAAGAUGGCGAAUCAGGGUAGCAAUAUGGAGGCUUUUCUUGACUAUCAAAGGACGGAAACGGGCGGGGUCUAGACGAACUGCCACACCCAUUGUCCUCGAGCCGAGGCCAGUCUUUAUACUACGUAUCAUCCUUUGCGAGAUGGCAAAGUUUAGCGAGGAUCAGCACAAAGGGGAGGCCGUCGUAGGGCACAGUUGU